AUGGGACGACAACGCAAAGACAGUGGCGGUGAUGAGCGGUCCCUCCAGAAGUGGAAGGGCUAUCCGGAUGAGGAGAACACAUUCGAGGAGAAGCGCCGCAAAGACAAGGCGGGCGGUGCUGGAGGUGCGGGCACUUCCACUUCCACUCCGGAGCCGACCGCCAGUUCCCGUCGCAGGACGGACUCCAAGGAUGAGACGCCGGUCGUGGCGGACAAGCGGUCGCGUCGCGCGACUCCCAGACGGCCCGCGAAGGAUAAGUCGCUCGAAGAGCACUUCGACUCAGCCAUGAAGAAGCCGAGGGGAGGCUUCGAGAGGGGCCUCCGUCCCGAUCGCAUACUCGGCGCCACCGACGCCUCCGGGGAACUCAUGUUUCUCAUGAAGUGGUUGGACUCGGAUGAGGCGGAUUUGGUGCCCGCGAAGAUGGCUAAUGUGAAGUGCCCGCAGAUCGUCAUCAAGUUCUAUGAGGACAGCCUUACAUGGCCCUCAAACGCCGAAGAGCUGAACGCCAAAGAAUCUCAUUUGGAACCAAUGAAUGGCGAAGAAUCGAAACCCGAUAUAAUAUUAGAGAAUCAGAUUCAACCGGAUUUCUAUUCACAAGAAACUCAACAAAACUUCGAGUUUGAGGAACCGAUAAAGACAUCGAAAGGCAUUGAUUUGAUGGCAGAUAUUGAGUCAAAUGACUUCAAUCCUCCAAUGAUUUAAUGUCUUAAGAAUCUGUACCACAAGUGUCACAAUUUGGCGCUCA